AUGGAGGCUACCUAUUUUACGUGCACGUUAGGCCAGGCCGUGAACCACCAACAAGGCAAGUCAUACAGGACAAUCGCCGAGUUUAUCGACUUCAAGGCGCACAAUGCUUCUGACGUACCUGUACUCGGUUUGUACCAGCUCACACCGAAGCCUGCACAAGAAUGGAUUCCUCAUGUCCUGACCUUCAAGGACGUCUAUAAAGGUAUCAACCUGGUCGCUGAGGCGGUGUUGAAAACGUUUGAUGAUGUCCCACAGCGACAGACGGUGGUCCUUCUGUGUCCGAGUUCGCCAGGGCUUUUGUUCACCUGGCUGGCACUGAUUUGGCUCGGUCACCCGGUCCUGCUGGUUGCGCCUCAAUGCUCUCCAUCUGCGAUUACCCAGUUGUGCAAGUCCUGCGGAGUAGAGUUGAUGUUGUACGAGGAGCCUUAUGGGGACCUUGCGACGAAGGCCUCGCGGGAGGCAACGCAAUCAGACGAUAGAUCUCUUACCGCUCACGGCGUGCCUUUUGCUGGAGAGAAUAUCCUCCAAGUCAUUAAGCAUACACCUACCGGUCCACUUAUACCUCCAGUUCAUGUCCAAGAAACGGAAGUGGCAUAUCUCCACCACACAUCCGGUACCUCCAGCGGCGUUCCCAAGCCGAUCCCUCAAACGCACAGAGCAGCGAUUGGGGUACUCCCGAUCCUCGACGGCACAAAACAGGCAACGUUCACCACAACACCGCUCUACCACGGCGGUGUCGCCGAUCUAUUCCGGGCUUGGACCAGCAAUGCCAUGAUCUGGCUCUUUCCCGGCAAAGACCUUCCCAUCACGGCUGCAAACGUUUGCAAAUGCCUCGACGCCGCUUUGACCCCCGCGGCUGACGGGAUGGCACCGGAGACAAGGUAUUUCUCCUCUGUACCGUAUGUCCUACAAAUGCUAGCCGAGGACAAGGAUGGCCGGAGCCAUCUCCAAAGGAUGGAUAUCGUGGGCGUCGGAGGCGCGGCUCUACCGGCCGAAGUUGGCGACAGCCUCGUCAAGGACAACAUAAACCUCGUCUCGCGGUUUGGCAGUGCUGAGUGUGGGUUUCUCAUGUCGUCCCAUCGAGACUAUGCGAAAGACAAGGAAUGGCAAUACCUCAGAGCCGCACUCGGAGGAGAGCUUCUUCAGUUCGAGCCCCAAAGCGAGGGGGAGGGCCUUUCAGAACUCAUCGUUCGACCAGGAUGGCCACAUAUGGCCAAACGGAACCGAGACGACGCCUCCUUCGCCACAGCCGACCUGUUCACGCCGCACGCGACUAUCCCCGACGCAUGGCGGUAUCAUUCCCGAGCUGACUCGCAGCUGACGCUCAUCACUGGCAAGAAAUUCGACCCGGCGCCGCUCGAAGAUGCCAUUCGAGCAUCCCCGGCCUCGGCUGUGACCGAGGACAUUCUGAUCUUCGGCAACGGCAGACCCUACCCAGGGGCCUUGCUGUUCCCUCGCAACACAGUUAGAGGCGGAGAUGUCAUACUUCAAAGAGUCGCACCGGUGGUCGAAGCCCUGAACCGCCAGAGCCAGAGCCAUGCGCGGAUACCGAAGAACAUGCUCAUCCUCAUGGAUCAUCUCGACGGAGCACCACUGGAGAAGAGCAGCAAAGGAACAGUUCUCAGGAACAAGGCUGAAGAAAGAUUCGCCGUACAAAUCGCAGCUGCCUAUGCAGAAGAGGCGCUCCCCAACGGUACUGGGACUGGUCUUCAUCCUCCAGAGGUGCCCGACGAUGAAAUACCCGCAAGGAUUCGCAGCAUUGUUCAGGCCGUCGUUGGCGAGGGCGAUAACGGCCCCGAAACCCACGUGGAGACUCUGACCGAGGAUACAGAUCUUUUCGCAUAUGGAGUGGACUCCGUGGCGUGCAUUCAAAUCCGGCGUGCGCUGUCUCAGCUGCUGCCCAAAUCCGCAAGCUUGCCAUUAACCGUGGUCCAAGACACAGGGACCAUCGCGGGGCUGAGUGAUCUUAUCCUUCGUGUGAGGGCGGGAAAAGCAGGCAAUGGAGUCCGGGAGCAAGGGAGAGACGAACAGAACCAACAUCGGCUUAUGCUCAAGCUGGUCGACGAGUACAGCGUUUUCGACGUUUCUCAAUCGCAGCCAUCCUCCACCCCAGCCUCGCUUCCCACACAGACCGGAACAGACUGCUCACCACUCGAAUGUCCAGGAAGUAAAAAGGGCAUGCACGUCCUCCUCACAGGCCCGACUGGCUCUCUAGGCGCACACAUCCUACACCAACUCCUCUCGAACCCUUCCAUCUCGACAAUCCACCUCCUCGUCCGCGGCGCGACGCCAACCGCCUCACGUGAACGUGUGUUGAAAGCUUUGACCUCGCGCCGUCUUCCCGUCCCGAGUUCCUUCGACAAAAAGACACAGAUCCACAGCUGCAAGCUCUCGGACGCCCAGCUCGGACUCUCCAACGAGACAUACGAGGCGUUGGCAGAGGACGUGGACGUGAUCAUCCAUCUAGCAUGGAGCGUCAACUUCCUGUUACCUCUGCGUUCAUUUGCGCAGACUCACCUCGCGGGCACCAGAAACCUGAUCAAUCUCGCUCUAUCCUCGUCGAACAGGAGGACGGCACCCAGGUUCAUCUUCUGCUCCAGCGUAGCUGCUGUAUCAGCUUACCCUUCUUCAAUGACUUCUCACCCCACGAUACCCGAAAGUGUGCUUUCAAACCCCGCUGUGGCCGGUCCAACAGGCUAUGCCCGGUCGAAAUGGGUCGCCGAACAGAUCUGCAAACGUGCCGUCCGGGAAACCCACCGACGACUGAAGAACCGUAUCUCCAUUGCCCGGGUGGGACAGUUGUCCGGGGCAAGCGACACGGGGGUGUGGAGUCCCAGUGAGGCGUAUCCUCUGAUGCUCAGCAGCGCCGCGGUCACGGGCUGUCUGCCGGAUCUGGACCGCGCAAGGAGGGAUCAGGGUGAGAAAGAAGGGGAGGUACUCGCCUGGCUCCCUGUCGACGUUGCCGCGAGGGCGUUUGUGGAGGAUAUACUCGACCAAGACGACUAUCUAGCGUCUCGCCAAGCGCAAAGCGGUGUCAAAGACGUCGUCACCGCGAAAGCAGAAGCAGAGAGAAACAGCAUGGGAGGGAGAGGUGAAGAAGAAGAGGAAGAAGACGGACUCGUGGUGCACCAUAUCCUUAACCCCUCCAACCGCGUUACCUGGUCCGACCUCCUGGCCUGGCUCUCACGGCGGCGGCGGCGGCAGCAGCAGCAGCAGCAGCGAGCCGGAGGAGCCUUCGAGGUCGUCCCCGUUCACGAAUGGCUCUCCCGCCUAUCGCGCUUACAAGACACCGACGAUGCUGAGAGGCGCGACCACCCGGCCCUGCGACUGCUGGGCUUCUGGGAGAAGGCUUACGGUGGUGAUGCUGCGGGAGAUGUAAAUGCGCCCAAAGCCACAGAGGCAGCAGUAGAAGAGCAGGAAGGGGCUGAAAGGAACCUCGAAUGCCAGCGCGAGAAUGGCGACGAGACCGCCGCCGCUGUCGGAGGGCCUGCAGUACCCACAGUACACUACGAAAUGGCAAAGACAUACGAGCGCAUGCUCUCGCUCAGAGACGCAGACGGGCUUCUGAACGAGGAAUACGUCUCGAGAAUGUGGGAAUGGAUCAGGGACAAUGUUUGA